UCCGCAGAAAGUGAAAAUAUAAAGCUGAAGCCAUGGAGCUCACAACAUGACACGGUUACAGGCAGAAAACCAACAGAUAGGAGAUUCCUAAACCGCUAACUGUUUGUUUGCAGCCGUCAGGAUGCAGAGCACCACCAACUACCUGUGGCUGAUCUCUGACCUGCUGGGUCAGGGAGCCACAGCCAACGUUUACCGCGGCAGACACAAGAAAACUGGAGAUCUAUACGCAGUCAAAGUGUUUAACAAUCUGAGUUUUCUGAGGCCGCUGGACGUCCAGAUGAGAGAGUUUGAAGUUCUGAAGAAGCUGAACCACAAAAACAUCGUCAAACUCUUCGCUGUGGAGGAAGAGUCAAACACUCGUCAUAAAGUCCUGGUGAUGGAGUACUGUCCAUGUGGAAGUCUCUACACCGUGCUGGAGGAGUCGUCAAACGCGUACGGACUCCCUGAGGAUGAGUUUCUGAUCGUUCUGCACGACGUUGUGGCGGGUAUGAACCACCUGAGGGAGUACGGGAUUGUCCACCGGGACAUCAAACCAGGCAACAUCAUGAGAGUGAUUGGAGAGGAUGGGCGCUCCGUCUACAAACUCACCGACUUUGGAGCGGCCAGAGAGCUGGAGGACGACGAGCAGUUUGUGUCGCUGUACGGCACUGAGGAGUACCUGCAUCCUGACAUGUACGAGCGAGCCGUGCUGAGGAAAGACCACCAGAAGAAAUACGGCGCCACGGUUGAUCUGUGGAGCAUCGGAGUCACGUUUUAUCACGCCGCCACUGGCAGCCUGCCGUUCAGACCCUUCGAGGGGCCACGGCGGAACAAAGAAGUCAUGUAUAAAAUCAUCACAGAGAAACCAUCAGGGACAAUCUCCGGCCAUCAGAAGUGUGAGAACGGCAAGAUCGAGUGGAGCACGGAGAUGCCCGUCUCCUGCAGUCUGUCCAAGGGUCUUCAGAGCCUCCUGACCCCGGUCCUCGCCAACAUCCUGGAGGCGGAUCAGGAGAAGUGUUGGGGCUUCGAUCAGUUCUUCGCCGAGACGAACGACAUCCUUCAUCGCACCGUCGUCUACGUGUUUAGUCUGCAGCAGGCCACGCUUCACAACGUCUACAUCCACGAGUACAACACAGCGGCGCUGUUCCAGGAGCUGCUGUCCCGUAGGUCAAGCAUCCCACUCCACAACCAGGAGCUUCUAUACGAGGGGCGUCGCCUCGUCCUGGACCCCAACCGCCAAGCUAAGACUUUCCCCAAGACGUCCAGAGACAAUCCCAUCAUGCUCGUCAGCCGGGAGUCCGUCGCCACCGUGGGACUCAUCUUCGAAGAUCCUAGCCCUCCUAAAGUUCAGCCUCGCUAUGAUCUGGACCUGGACGCUAGCUACGCAAAGACUUUUGCAGGCGAUGUCGGACAUUUGUGGAAGACCUCGGAGUCUCUGCUGGUUUAUCAGGAGCUGGUGCGGAAAGGAGUCCGAGGUUUAAUUGAGCUGAUGAAAGAGGACUACAGUGAUAUUCUACAUAAGAAGUCUGAAGUUUUCCACCUGUGUAACUUCUGCACUCAGAUUCUAGAGAAGACAGAGCAGCUGUUUGAGGUGUUGAUGCAGGCCAACAUGAUGUCAUCAGAGUAUGAUGAGAUCUCAGACAUGCACAAGAAAAUCCUCAGAAUCUCAAGCUCUUUGGAGCCUAUCGAGCGAACGGCCCAGGACAUCAAGAGUAAAUUUCUCCCAGGAGGUCUGCUGACCGACAGCUGGACGCAGCAAGUGGGAACGCAUCCCGAGGACAGGAAUGUGGAGAAAAUCAAAGUGCUGCUGGAUGCCAUCACGGCAAUCUACCAACAGUUCAAGAAGGAUAAAGCAGAGAGACGUCUGCCUUACAACGAAGAACAGAUCCAUAAAUUUGACAAACAGAAGUUGGUCCUCCACGCCAGUAAAGCGAGAUCUUUGUUUACGGAGGAGUGUGCCAUGAAGUAUCGCCUCUUCAUCUCAAAGAGCGAGGAGUGGAUGAGGAAAGUUCAUCAUGUGAGGAAGCAGCUGCUGAACUUGUCCAGUCAGCUGAUCAGCAUCGAGAAGGAGGUGACCAUGCUGAUGGAGAGAGCCAUCAAGCUGCAGGAAAUGCUGCCUCAGAAAGUUCUCCCUCUGGUGUCGAGCGGGAUGAAACCUCCGGCCUACCUCAGCCAGAACACGCUGGUGGAGAUGACGCUCGGGAUGAAGAAGCUGAAGGAGGAGAUGGAGGGAGUCGUCAAAGAGCUUGCAGAGAACAACCACUUCUUAGAAAGGUUUGGAACGCUGACACUGGAUGGUGGACUGCGAGGCUAGAAGAACAUUGCCUUGCUGCAGCUUGUACAUAUUUUUGUGUUUAUCUUGUAAAUAAGUUUGACUGUGACAUGAAGCUUUUUGUAUGAAAGGUUCAGAUCAGAUCAUGAACAUGUGACAAACUUUCUGCAUCAUAAAAAGCUGCCACGCUGCUUUAAAAUAUAGGAUUUUUACAGUGAGGGAAGAAAAGUUGAAAUACCCUUAAAUUAUCUUUUAAUUGACCUCUGAAAACACAGAAGACACCGUCAUCUGAACAAAGCUGUUUGAGUCAGACAUCCUUUAAGUCAACCAUCCGAACCCCUUUAGAAAUGUUUACACUUAGCGGUAUGUAAGGUUUUUUUUAUUUCAACAUUACCACAAGUAUUUUAACCUUUAUUCUUUUCAAAUUCAUUCAGAUUGAAGGAUAAGACUUAAUGCUGCUUUAUUUAUGUUUUUUUAAAGGAUCAUUUAAAUUUUAAUGUAUCUGAGGUGUUAAAAUCUACACAUGAAGCUAAAAUGCCCUUGAAAUCUAAGACUUGGCUACAUGGUUAAAUGUAGGCAUUCUAUUAUUUUUGUCUAUUUUUUGAUUAAGAUGUGCAAGCCACUAAAAAUGCACCAGAAAAAAUAGAUUUUUCUUGCAUCCCUGCUCGAAUCAUCCACGUUAAGCCACAACUAAAAAAAAACCCUAUAAACUGCUAAUUGUUUCAUAAUAAAAAAAAACCUUGACUAAAUAACAACUGGGGAAUUUUAAUGUGGGAUACAAAAUGUUUAUCAUUUAUUUAGUUGUGUUUUAGCAGAGCUACGAAUUGCAGUGUUUGUCACAGUAGAAAGUUCUUGUAUUUACAAAUACUCCUUUGACUACUAUUCAGAGCUACAGCCUGCUUCUGAUUGGAGUCAUGGUUCUCCAGCAAGCAGGAUGAGUAAACUCAUAUACCUCAAAGUAUUCUUCAGACUUAUUAAGCUGCGCCACUCCUACUGAAAACUCCUCUAUAUCCUGCUAUUUUUUCAUAAUAACAAAUGCUGACUAAACACUACGUGGGGAGUUCGUGUGCUUACAGCCGCUCCUUUGCCUAGUAUUCAGAGCUACAGCCUGCUUCUGAUUGCAGUUAUUGCUGUCUAGCAAGUAUUGUGAGCAAACUGACUAUUCCUCACAGUAUUAAUGAGAAAAAGUCACGAGAAUGCCCAAAUGAAAGGGAUGAACAUGAGGCCCAAUGACCUUGAAAUCUGAGACAUAAAAAAAUGUUUUGGCAAUUUUGCUGAAAAUGAGCACUUCCAACUCAUGAAAUACUGCCCUCAUUUUCUGUAAAAAAACAAAAACAAAAUCAAAUCAAAGAUUAAGUGAUUCAGUGGCAAUUAUCAAACAAGGUUUGUUGCGAGAUGCUCUUGAAUAAACCUUGUGAUGGUAUAUUGUCCAUUAGAUAAGGUUUUUACGGUUAAAAUCCCAAAUAAAUAUUUAAUAUUUAUCUAUAUGAAACACAUUAAGUCAUGGUCUUAGGAAUUAGCCAAUUUAAGCCAAAAAUGUAGGGAAAAAAAUGCAAAUUAAAGGGUUUUUAUCAGUUAAUUUACUUAAAGGAUUUCUGAUUAAUUACUUAAAGGAUUUCUCUUAAUUUGUAUCGAAGGUGUUCGAUGUGUCUUCCUGUUGAAUUAAGGAUACUUAAGUGUAUUUUAAGAUAUUGUCGUAUCAUAGUAAUUGGACCUAACUAAAUUUUAAAAAAGGUGUUUGUAGAUGGUGUUUGCCUGGAUUGAAAAGUGUCUUAAAGGGGGAAAAACCCCUUAAAAUGAACAAGUGGCUUUAAGAAUGCACCUUUAUUGGCAUUAUAAAUUUGCAAACAAGGCUAGAGGCAUUAAAAUCUCUCAAAAUGGUCAGACUAACAUAAAAGGUGUACUUAUCUUUAUAUAGACUGAAAUAUUCAUAAGUAAUGAAUAGUUUUGUUGAUAAUAGGUUAAUUUUCAUGGGUUUACACCCCUUAAAAGCUCUUAAACUUUGCAGAUCAUCCACUGAAAAUGCCUUUAUAUAUCACCUUUAUUCGUCUCAUUUACCCAGAUUAUUUCUUUAGUGAAGGGUAAACUGAUGAUACAUUUAAGUGAAAUUAUCAAGGGACUUUAGAUGAUGAUAUUUAGUGUUUAUUUAUUGUUUCAAGGGUGAUCAUCAGUAAUCGAUCUCGUCUGUUUUCAACAUGCAGAAACAUGCCCACUCUUCAUUCAUUGCCAUCUUUUAUGCUUUAGAAGAUGUUCUGCUUUAGUUUUUGAAUUGUUUAGUUUUGUCAGCAUUCAUAACGUUAAUUGAAUGUUUGAAAAACUUGUAAAUAAAUAUGCUCAAGUAUGGA